AUGUUUGCAUUCCGAGAUCCAAGUCCGGCAUAUGUUCCUCUUCCUCCGAGUCCAGUGCUGAAUUCCAGCCCCAGCGCCGGUCCUGCAUUGUCGGAUACGCCACCAAUGCAUAGCGCAGAGAAAGCGACCCUGGGUGUAAGAAAUCCUCAUCCUUUCAGCGGCCCCUCAUGGCGAACGAGAGGUUUAUUAGCUGCCGCGCAACUUACGGGCCUGCAACUUAAGAUCCCCAAGCAACCGCCUAUUCAUCCUGACCUCGUGAAUGCGUUUCAAGCUCUCAGUCCUGAAGAAAUUCAGCACCAAACUCACGGCGCCAGCGCCGCAUGGCUCGCGCAUCUCGAUCUCUUAAAGCACGUCUGGCAGUCCGAUCUCGAUACCGCCCUGAUCCUCGAAGACGAUGUUGACUGGGACGUAACUAUCCGAGAACAAACAGUACGGAUCGCAGACACGGUGAGGACUCUGACGCAUACGCAUAAUGGCAAUGAGUCCGCGCCGUAUGGUCGCGCCUGGGAUGUUCUUUGGAUUGGGCACUGUGGUGAGUACUGGGAGGACUGGAUUGAGACGGUCGUAUACGAAGACACCGGCGUCUGUCCGCACGAUAAAUACAUCGGCUGGGCCAAGAAUUAUGUCAAUCGUCUCCCUGACCACCGCCGGAAUGUAUACUGGUCCCUGAACCCCGUUUGCUCUUUCGCGUACGGCGUAUCCGGCGAGGGGGCGAGGAAGAUCCUGACGCAUCUCGGCGGCGCGCAGGACGAGGCGUUUGACGUUUCGAUGAUGCAUCUUUGUCAACAGAAGGUGUUGAACUGUAUCUCUGUCGUGCCGGAGGUUAUACAUCAGUAUUUCUCCGCAGAGUCCUUUGGGGCGAAGAGUAUUGUGGAUCUUGGGAAUGAGAUGCAGGAGGAUGUUAAUGAGUCGUUUGAAAGUGUUAUGGGGUCGACGGAGAAUAUCCUUGAGAGUGCACGGUGUCAUGCGUUAUGGGGGAGGUCUUGUUUGAGGGAGUGA